AUGAGUGGCAGUCAAGUUCACGACUUUCUCUCCAAUCACAGUCAAGCCGCCGAGGCCGUGGCUCCCGGUUUCGACUUCCCAUUCUACGGCCACAUGGUGGAUCAAUUUUUCAUCACCACCCAUGGGUUCCUGUCGUUCGCGCCCCGACUACACAAUCUCAUGUACAAGACUCAGUACAUUGCUCCAUUGAGGGUGAAGCUAGAUCCGAGCCUCUCGGAUGCCGCCACCAUCAACUACCUCGCCAAGCCAGACAGUCUCACCAUUCAAUGGACUAAUGUGACCAUAGCCAAGCCGUACGCGCAUCCGCAUGGCGGGAAUUUUACGUUUCAAAUCACUCUCCACAAGAAUGGGAACAUCAACUUCGUCUACAUCGAAGUGCCCGAAUUGCUGACUGCCGACGCAUUAUACGAUCAUGAGCCCGUGGCCGGACUCUCCGACGCUUUCUUGAUCGGUGAUAGCGAGCUUCACGUGUACCACACGCUCAACCUGGAUAACACAGACAUCAAUUCCAAGACGGUGGUGCUCUUCAAGGCCAAGCCCACUUGCAUCCAGCAACAGAGCUGCGAGGAAUGCUCGAGCCUUCGCCAAAGCACCGAGUUUGAGUGCACGUGGUGCUCCAGCAUUCAUCGAUGCUCGGAUGGAGCCGAUCGUUUGAGGGAACAUUGGAAUACCAAUGAGUGUGCCAACAGGAAUGUCUCCACCGUGCUCGAGUGCACGGCCGCCGCCAAAGAUGACGAGCACCAUACCGAAUGGAGAACCUCCAUGGGCGACAAAUCUAAUCAAGUCAUCCCUGAGCGCGAGCCCAUCCGAAGUAACUUGGAGGAUGAAGGCUCGUCCUCAACUGUCACUGUGAUCUCAACUGUGGUGAGUGCUCUCCUGUUGGCCAUUCUCCUCAUCAUCUUGGCUGGAUUCUUGUACGUCUAUGGCAAGAGCAAUCCAGGCGGUCUGGCGGAACGUAUUGCCCUUCGCUUGGAGUCGAAUUACAAUAGGUUUGGCAAGGACUCCUCAUUAGAUGAAGACCAUGUGGAACUUGGCGUGAAGCCGGGCAACAACAACAACAACUCUGUCAAACCUACGGUUAACCCUAAUAAUAAUAAUUUAUCCGUGAAUUUCUGAUUCAUACUUGUAUUUUCAAAGAACUCUAAUAUCCUUUGAACCAAUCUAAGUCACAGUCAUUUCCAGCUCCAAAGGAAUAAAUAUUUUGUUCUGCUUAGACUUCAUAA